CCGCGCACCCCUAACGCCAAAGAUCUGUCGCUUGCUACGAAGCUGGAGAUCGUGCUGUUCCUCUCUGGCAUGGCCACCUGUGGAAAGCUUCCACGGGGGGGCAUCUCGGAGGCUGCAGCACGAUUUGGUUGCCAUCGCAACACAGUGCACAAGCUGUGGAGUGGCCGCGCCACUAUUGCCGUGCAACGGCCGAGCAACCGCGGCCGGCCCCGGGCCUACACAGAUGGGGCUAUCAAGGCCAAGAUUGCGUCGGCUCCGGUGGAGAGUCGGACCACGCUGCGUGGUCUCGCCGCCGCCACAGGUAUCCCGCGGACCCAGCUCUUCCGACGCUUGCAG